AUGUGCAACCGUAUCUGUCUUUUGCUGGUGAUUUGUUUCUUUGUUUUGUUGAACGCCCUUCUUGCAACGAGUGACAAGGGUAGUGAUUCCUUGAUCUUGGGGUGCGGGUUGGGUGAAGGUGGUGGCAAAGAUGCUGAUGGAAGGCAAUGGAUCCCUGAUAACAAGUACCUCUCAGAAGGCAAUUCCAUCACAUCCAAAGCCUCUUUCCAAGACCCUUCACUUUUGUCUGAGGUUCCAUACAUGACAUCUCGAGUUUUCACAUCCGAAGCAAUCUACAAGUUCCCUGUUAAACCUGACAAGCGUUAUUGGCUAAGGCUUCAUUUCUACCCCAAUAUUUAUGGCACCUAUGACACAUUCAAUUCAUAUUUCUCCGUGACAGCACAUGGGGUAAUUCUUCUUUCUAAUUUCAGUGCCUCAAUCACAUGCCAAGCCCUCUCACAAGCCUACCUUGAUAGAGAGUAUUCCCUUGCGCCUUUGAAUUCAGACACCCUAACCGUUACCUUUAAGCCUUCUGAUAAACACAAUGGGGCUUUUGCUUUUGUCAAUGGGAUUCAGCUGAUUGAAAUGCCUGAGUUGUUUGACUCAGCUUCGUUGGUGGGUUAUAAUGAGCAAACCGUUGAUGCCAAAAGUUUGCAUUUUCAGACAAUGUUUAGAUUAAACGUUGGUGGGCAAUAUAUAUCCCCUGUUGAUGAUUCUGGUCUAAGCAGGAUGUGGUAUGAUGAUACACCUUAUCUAUAUGGUGCUGCCACUGGUGUCACCAAUCAAGCUGCCAAGGAUGUAAAAAUUAACUACCAGAGCAUGCCACAACACAUUGCUCCACCGAAUGUGUAUUCCACAUCACGGUCCAUGGGCAACGAUAAGGAUAUCAACAUGGGCUACAAUCUCACAUGGAUUUUCCAAGUUGAUCCAAAUUCCAUGUACCUUACCAGGUUGCAUUUCUGUGACUACUACUAUUCUAAAGUGAACGAGAUUGUUUUCAAUAUCUUCAUCAACAACCAAACGGCACAGGCUGAAGCAGAUGUGAUUGGGUGGAGUGGAGGUAAAGGAGUUCCAACCUACAAAGAUUAUGUAGUAUAUGUCCAAGAUGGGACAGGUGAUGAUCAGCUUUGGCUUGCUUUGCACCCGGCACCUGAUACAAAGCCAGAAUACUAUGAUGCAAUACUCAAUGGUGUAGAGGUUUUCAAGAUCAAUGAUACAAACCUGUCUGGUCCUAAUCCUCAACCAUCCGAGAUGCUAUUGGAACAUGAGCAUAAAGCAAGGACUUUCCAAAACAACAAACGUAACAGUAAGACUUUUGUCAUUGGUAGUGCUGCUGGUGGCGCUGCUGGUUUUGCCUUAGUGGCAGCAUUAUGUGUUGUUGUUCGCCACCAAAAAAAGAAGAGAACUCCUGGAUCAUACACUAGCACAUCAAGCUGGUUGCCAAUUUAUGGGACUUCGCACACAACAGGUACCAAAUCUUCAAGGUCAGGGAAGAGUACUGUUGGUAGUGGCAACGUAUCAGCCAUGGCUCAAGGACUGUGUCGCUAUUUCUCCUUACAAGAGAUGAAGCAAGCGACUAAGAAUUUUGAUGAGUCCAACGUUAUUGGGGUAGGAGGGUUCGGAAAGGUUUAUAAGGGUGUUAUAGACAAUGGGUUCAAAGUGGCAAUAAAAAGAUCGAACCCACAAUCAGAACAAGGAGUCAACGAGUUCCAGACUGAGAUUGAGAUGCUUUCCAAACUGAGACAUAAGCAUUUGGUGUCCUUGAUUGGUUUUUGUGAGGAAGAUGAUGAGAUGUGUCUAGUUUAUGACUACAUGGCUCGUGGCACCCUAAGAGAACAUCUUUACAAGGGCAACAAGACAUUGAACACUCUAUCAUGGAAGCAAAGGUUGGAGAUUUGCAUUGGAGCUGCAAGAGGCCUUCAUUACCUUCACACGGGGGCAAAGUAUACGAUAAUUCAUAGAGAUGUCAAGACAACUAACAUUCUCCUUGAUGAAAAUUGGAUUGCCAAGGUUUCAGAUUUUGGAUUGUCAAAAACGGGUCCAAACAUGAACAAUGGUCAUGUUAGUACUGUGGUGAAGGGUAGCUUUGGAUACCUGGAUCCUGAAUAUUUCAGGAGGCAACAGUUGACUGAGAAAUCUGAUGUGUACUCGUUUGGGGUUGUCCUGUUUGAGGUCCUUUGUGCAAGGCCUGCUUUGAAUCCUAGCCUUCCAAAAGAACAAGUUAGCCUUGCAGAUUGGGCUUUGCUCAACAAAAGAAAAGGAACACUAGAUGAUAUUAUUGACCCCAAUCUCAAAGGAAACAUCAACCCUGAAAGCUUGAAGAAGUUUGUAGAUGCAGCUGAGAAGUGUUUGUCUGAUCAAGGACUUGAUCGCCCCUCCAUGAAUGAUCUAUUGUGGAAUCUUGAAUUUGCUCUCAACCUACUUGGUAACACUGAUGGUUUAGUUCGUUCUUCACAUCUUGAUGAAGCCGAGUUUGAAGAAGUAAGCUUGGAAAAUAAUGACAUGGCAGCUCAUUAUAAAAAUCUAAGCCUUGGAAGUGAUCAUGAGCUUAGGCAGGAGUCCAGUGAGAAAUCUUCUGCCAUCUUCUCUCAAAUUGUUAACCCAAGCGGGCGAUAA